GCUGCCAAAAAUGUCAAUCCCCGCAUACCAUUGACAAGUCGCAGAUUAGUUUACAUAUUUACUUCCUGUUUACUGAUUUUAUUUGUUUUUGCUAAUUAUCUUGCAAAUUAUUGAAUAUUCUUCCUUCUUUAUACAAGCUAUCUAAAGAGAGUUUUCAGUGGUUCCCAGUGUGGGAUGUUCACAGAUGUAGUGAUACAAAGAUGGCACAGCUGGAUGCUCGAGGUCGCCUCUGUGGGUUAAUGAAGAUUGAGGAUGAUAACCAUAAGUUUGUUGAAACUGGCAUGAGAUACUUUCUUCUUGAUCUGGAAGAAGAAAAAUUAAAGCUGUACUUUGACCAACCAGAGCACCUGCCAAAGACUUGCUCCCCUUGUCAAGAAAUAGAGCUGAAUUUCAUCUCAAAGGUUAGUGAUGCUAGAAAACUGCGUCCAAAGGCUGGAUACUGCUUUUGUAUAACACAUGCCGGGGACCAGAUAUAUAUCCAGGCUAACAAUGACCCAAUCUUAUACUUUACAGGUAUAACACAUGCCGGGGACCAGAUAUAUAUCCAGGCUAACAAUGAAGACGAAAUGCAACAAUGGAUAGGAGAGCUGAAUGAAGCUUGCAGAAUUACAGUGCCGCAGGCUCUGUCUCCCACUUUGGCACCAGAAAACUCCCGUUAUGAAGUGGCUGGUGGAGUCAUCAAUCUUAUGCAUGAGAGUGCAGACAGUGGGGAAGAGUCAGUAGAACACAAUAUGCCAGCUCUGUCACUGCCAUCAUAUAUAUCAGGAUAUGCUGUUAAACAGGGAGCUGUGCACAAGCCGAUACAGGGUCACAGGAAAAAUUGGAAGAAAAGAUAUUUUGUGCUGGAUGCAAAUGGUUUAUCGUAUUUCAAACAUGACCAGGAUAAAGAACCAAUAAAAACAAUUCCAUUAUCAGAGAUCACAGAGGCAAGACUUGUAGAGGGGCAGCAUCAUCCGCACAGACAAAACCUGUUUGAAGUGGUUACAGCAGAUAGGACCUACAAUAUACAGUGUGAUACUCGUAAUGACAGCGAAAACUGGAUCUCACAUAUCAACAAAUUUGCCAGACAGGUCGUCACUUCAGACGAUUACAGCCCUGUGAAACAGUACAGAACAGAACCGGUGAAGAAGUACACAUCAUCUCAGCCACAAGCUACAUCACAGGAAGAGGUCAAACCUAGCAAAGCAGUAUGGGGAGCCAUGACCUUGCCAGUAGAAAAGAGAACUAAACAGAAUUUCCGAGGAUCAAAAAAGAGCUGGCAGUUAUGGUGAAUUGGUGAAAGUGCACGUGCUUGAUAUGGAUAGAUGAAGAGGAACAGUUGGUGUACUUGUUUUCAUGACAAUUUCUGCUAUUUGCUUCACCAAAAAUUUGUAGUCCUGUUUGGCGCCAUAUAACCUAUACUGCGUUGGUGCGCCAUAAAACCCAAAUAAAUAAAUAAAUUCACCAAAACUGCAACGCAGUUUUUCCUGAAUUCCAGCUUUAUUGUGCAAGUCUCGAUUAUAUUUAAAGGCCACUAGGAGUAAUGGUAGGACGUUUUUCAAGUAACAAAGUAUAUCUAAAAUAAUUCCAAUUCUCAGUUUUCAUUAAAUUCUGGCCUUUGAUCAAUUUCAAAACGUUUCUAUGUUUCUUAAGAUAUACUUAUGGCUUUAUAACAGUACAUUAUCGAUCAGUUUACAGUCAAAAUUGAAAUCUCAAGACUUCUUGAUGUCCAAUAUGGCUGAAAUUUACUAUGAAAAGUACAAAGUCAUUUUGCUACAAUAAAUUAAAAGCUAAAUCAAAAUAUAUCUGCACGUCUGAUAAACCGGAAGGGAUGGCGUAACGUCAUUUAUCCGGAAAACGUAGAAUAAAGCCUGGAUUCGCCGUGCGGAAAUGAAAAUCAUUUGAUGGAUUAAGGGAACUUGUGAGUAAAUUUAUUACAAUGGCACUGUUACUAUCUUCCUAAAGUUAGACAUCUGACACGUUAAAUAAUUCAAAAUAAUAUCUUAAAAUUAGCGUGAAAUGUGCGGUUCACUUUAAUCAUGGUCAGAUAUCUCAAAAAUAAGCACACGGACCUAUACAUUUUAUUUCACCAUAUUAUAUGCCAUAUGUUUAUUUACAACUGUGAGAAAUGCCAUCAAAAUCUACAUUGUAGAAAAAAUUCUAUUCGCGAAAAUGUUAUGAAAGUUAUGAUUUUCCCAUAGACUCCCAUUAUGAAAAAUUGCGUGAGGUCCAAAUUUUUCAAAUCAGUCUAGCAAAAAAUCAAGCACACGACCCUAUCUUUUUUAAUUGCAGAUUUUUUCUAAGUAUAUUCUAAAGUUUUGAAAAACCAGAGUUUAAUCAAAUUCUACAUUGUAGAAAAAAUUCAUUUCAAACGUGCAGAACUACCUUAAAAUGGACUUUUUUUAUGUCUAGUAUGAAAUAUGCACAAGUUCUGCAGCUGAAAUAUUGCCCGAUUGUAGGAGCGCAAUAUUUCUUCCGCUAAAGAAUGAGUGCAUAUUACCAGAUGAAAAGAUAAUAACCUUUUUAUUACAUACGUAUCUACACGUAAAAAUAUAAUGUAAACUUUAUGAUUUAUUUUCAAUUAUAUGAAUAAGACUGACAAUACUGAACUAAAUAAAAGAAUAAUCAUUAAUGCAAUGACACACGUCAAAUACGCCCGAUAUGAAAUUCAGGCGUUAAUAUAUGGAAAAAUAUUGACGUUUCCGGUACCACUGUAACUUAACGGGGAAUAGAAACGAGUAUGUAAUACAAUUGUAAUAGUGUUUAUUUGAGCUGGUAUGCCAGAUAUUGAUAUCUGGCACUGUCUUUCGGUGAUAUCAGGCAUACUUCCAGUUGUGCGAAACAUCCAGAUUUUAUUCUUUAACUGACAGUAUUUACAAAUUAACAUUUGUUAUACAAAAGAAAACAUAUAAUUACCGAUAUUUACUUAAUUUUGCUAGCUUCUUUUUCUAGUGUGGUUGAAUAAGGCUGACAGAAGAAACUACGGCCCUUAAGGCGAUACUGGUAUACUAGACCGGUAUUUACCCUCGCCGGGGCUAAAGCCCUCAGGCCAGUACCUCUCCUGGUAUGCAAAUCAGACCUUAUGGCACACCAGUCCUGUAUACUAUCCUCUAAAUGUCAAGGACAAAACAUUUAUCACUGUUGAGAAUGAUCAAAUAUUUAUUCUAUAAUAUAUGAGAGAUUUGUUAUACUAUAAUGUUCUUUUUCAAACGACCUUGUUAUUUGUCCAAACGUGUUAGACCUUGGGCCAAUGUGACUGCCAGAGCACAAAUGAUCAUCCCAAUAUGAAAUAAUGCUGCUGAUAUUGAUGGCAAGCUGUGCUUUGCUGGGUUAUUAAUGAAAAUUAAAACCGAAUGUCCAAUCUUCAGCAGUUUAUAUAAUUGAGCCGCACCAUGAGAAAACCAACAUAGUGCAUUUGCGACCAGCAUGGAUCCAGACCAGCCAGCGCAUCCGCGCAGUCUCGUCAAGAUCCAUGCUGUUCACUUACAGUUUCUCAAAUCGCAGUAGGCUUUGAAAGCGAACAGUAUGGAUCCUGACCAGACUGCGCGGAUGUGCAGGCUGGUUUGGAUCCAUGCUUGCCGCAAAUGCACUAUGUUGGUUUUCUCAUGGUGCGGCUCAUAUAACAAAAUGGUGCUUCUAAUGUAUUUCUAUCAAUAAGAUUUACAGUCAAUAUAUUUAAAUCAUGUUUUAUUUAUAUGAUAGUGUGCCAUAUGAUAAUAUUAUACGCUCACCAUGUUAAAAUCAUGUUUUUAUUUAUAUGAUAGUGUGCCAUAUGAUAAUAGUAUACAAUUACCAUGUUAAAAUCAUGUUUAUUCAUAAUGUUAUUCUUGUUUUGUUGGCAUACCAUAUGAUAACGUGUUAAAGUUAUUUUAUGAAAAAAGAUGUUUACUUUUUUCAAAAAUAUUAAAGGAAUUCGAAGUAUUUAUUCUUUGUGAAAGUCAUAUAAUUUGCAAGCUGAUUAUGGAUAGGAGAAUGUGUAUGGGAGAAAGUUAUAUUAAGACUUAUUUGAUUAGGUAUUGGAGAAAGCUGUUUUGAGAUUUAUUUCAUUAAGUAUGGGAGAAAGCUAUGUCAAGAUGUAUUUGAUUAGGUAUGUGAGAAAGCUGUACUGAGACUUAUUUCAUUAGGUAUAGGGAAAAACUAUGUUAAAACGUAUUUUAUUAGGUAUGGGAAAAGGCUAUGUCAAGACGCAUUUGAUUAGGUAUGAGACUUAUUUCAUUAGGUAUGGGGAAAUAACUAUGUUAAAACGUAUUUGAUUACGUAUGGGAAAAGCUAUGUCAAGACGUAUUUGAUUACGUAUGGAAGAAAGCUUUAUUGAGACUUAUUUCGUUAGGUAUAGCAGAAAGCUAUGUUAAGACUUAUCUGAUUAGGUAUGGGAGAAAGCAAUGUCAAGAUUUAUUUGAUUAUGUAUGGGAGAAAGCUAUGUCAAGACGUAUUUGAUUAGCUAUGGGAGAAAAAUAAAACUUAUUUGAUAAGAUGUAGGGGAAAGCUAUGUCAAGAUGAUUUGAUUAGGUAUAGGAGAAAUGUGUUUUGAGACUUAUUUCAUUAGAUAUGGGAGAAAGCUGAAUUGAGACUUAAUUCAUUAUGUAUCGGAAAAAAUAUGUUAAAAUGUAUUUUAUUAGGUAUGGGAAAAAGCUAUGUCAAGAUGUUUUUGAUUACGUAUGGGAGAAAGUUAUGUCAAGAUGUAAUGAGGAACAUUAACUGGUUACUUCCCUUGAAAAGUUGUAUGAUAAAGCGCAAGGAUAACCAAAUAUUACAUUGGCCCCUUUCAGUUGGAUUCCUCUGACUUUUUCGUUAUAGCCUUUAUCCAAGAUGUUGCGGUUGGUCAAAAUAAAUAUGCUUUUUAUGUGUAGGUUUCUAAAUAAAAAUGAUUAUCAAACCUAAAUUAGCAGAAGGCCACUAAAAGAAAACCUGUCCUUAAUCAUUUUCCAAUCCAAUGAAAUUUAAUAUAGAUAUUGCUUUUUAAACUUACAAAGAAGUCAACGAUAAAAACAGAGGAAGGGCCAAUCUACUUCUUAGACAUAAUCAGGGGAAGUAACUGACUAAUGUUUCCCAUUGAUAAGGUAUGGGAGAAAGCUGUAUUGAGAUUUAUUUCAUUAGGUAUGGGAAUAACUAUGUUAAAACGUAUUUUAUUAGGUAUUGGAAAAAGCAAUGUCAAGAUGUAUUUGAUUAGGUAUGUGAGAAAGCUGUUUUGAUAUGAGACUUAUUUCAUUAGGUAUGGGAAAAAACUAUGUUAAAACGUAUUUUAUUAGGUAUGGGAAAAGCUAUGUCAAGAUGUAUUUGGUUACGUGUGGGAGAAAGCUAAGUCAAGAUUUAUUUGAUUACGUAUGGGAGAAAGCUAUGUCAAGACGUAAUUGAUAAGGUAUGGUAGAAAACUAUGUUAAGACUUACUUGAUUCAAUAGUAAUGGGAGAAAGCUAUGUCAAGAGGUAUUUGAUUAUGUAUGGGAGAAAGCUAUGUCAAGAGAUAUUUGAUUAUGUAUGGGAGAAAGCUAUGUCAAGAAUUUUUUGAUUAGGUAUGGGAGAAAGCUAUGUUAAGACGUAUUUGAUUAGAGAAACCUAUGUAGAGAAUUAUUUGAUUUGCCAAUGAAAAAAUAUUCGCCAUUUAAAAAAAAUAAUCGCAAAUGGCGAUAAUGGCGACUGACAGCGUGAGCCCUGAUCAUGCGUACACUGUUGUAAACUAUUGAAGAAGUGCAUUAAUAUUAUUUGUUUAUCAAAGUGCCAUUUGUUAAUAUUUUCAUUUGCUAUUUAUUAACAUUUUAUACUGGUUCAUAAAAAUAUGUUAAUAUAAAUUGUUUAAGAUACUGAGUGAUAUGUCAUUUUAAAUGUGUAUAGGAAUGUGUUAGACAAACAUUUGUCUAUCAGUCUGUGUAAAUGAGUAGCUGUUAAUAUUUUCAUGUGCUAUUUAUACAUUAACCCAUUUGAUAUUUAUUCAUGAAAAGUACAAAAUGUAUGUUUAAACUUAAUACAAUAUAGAACAUGUGUUUGAAAUACUGUUUGAUUUGCCAUUUUUAAAUGUGCAUAGGGAUGUGUUUUGACUAUCAGUCUGUGUAAACAUGUAGGACAAAGCCCUUUUUGUGACAGUGGACAAAAUCCUUGUAAAAAUUGUUUAUACUAUUACGUAAAUACAAAAUGACACUGCACUGUGUCAAUAUUGUGAAAUGUAGAGAUUUAACUUGAUGUUAACAGUAACUAUACAGUCAAUAAUUGUACAAAACAUCAAUCCGUGCCAAUAAUUUGGUGUUUAGUUCAUUUUUGUCUAGUUCCUUUUGUUUUCCUGCAGGUUUAUAUAUAAAAUAGAAUUUUUGAACCAGCCCGUUUGGUUUAUAGUUUAUUUAUCUGAAAAUGUUUGCUCACAUUGUGUUAGAAAAGCUUCCAGGUUUAUUCUAGAUAUAAUCUUUUUAUAUAACCAUUCCCUUAUUUAUUUGCUUUUGCUUAAUUAUUAUUUGAAACUUGGUAUUUUAACCAGGAAAACACUUUAAAUUUGUUUCCCUUUUCCAACUAAGUUAACAUAAAAUAAAAGUACUGCCUGCAGGUGCCAACCCUUGAUAUUAAGCAAUAUGUAAAAAAGAGUUAUGGUACUUGGCCUGUUUACUCACCUUUUGAUGAUAAAGAAAUGUACACAGUUUAAAAGCUAAAGAUCUUAUUGUAUUAAAGACAAAACUUGACCUAAGCAACAAAAAAAAAUGUGUAGGACAUAUACAUUUUCUAAGUUAAAAAGGGCCAUACUUAUUACAAAAUACAAGAGCGAGUUAUGGUUCUUGACAUACUUGUGUGUUUAAUGAUAAUAAAUAAGGAUCAAAGCUAUAGCUAUUACAGGUUUUUAGAAAAAUAAUGGACUUAAACAGAAAUCUUAACUCAAGCCAACUACCAUUGUGACAAUGAUUUCUAGUAAAUUAAGAAAAUAAGACAUGCUGAAAAAAACAGUGUCUAGAAGUUGUACCUUUUAUUACAUCAAGAAAGUAUAUAAUUCUCGUAUAUAUAAAAUUUUGGAAAGGUCUUUAAAUCUCAGAAUAAAAACUGAACAUAUAACCCAUGACUACGAAAAGAUAUAGGUCACUAUAGAGAGAACAAAAUGCCUGACCCGUCACCAAUUUUUGAAACAUAGUUCACUGUUAUGGCUACCCCCCUGUUCUAGAAGUUUUACUGCAGUUUUUUUGUUCAGUGUUCCUAGCUUGAGGGAACCAUUUUACAGAGUUUAGGUAUCUGACUUCAAAUAAAGUGGACACCUUUAUAUGUGCACUGACAGGGGGUUAUGUCCCUAAAAUGAUACAAAAGGGUCAUGAAGUUUACAUGAUAUUUAAAAAAAAAUAUGAUACAGUUCUCUUCAAUAGGGUAUAAAAUACAGAAAAAUCUUUGGGUACAGGGGUUUACCCCUAGCUGUGAGCAUUAUGUCCAAAACUUGAUGGUUGAUUAGACAUGGUUUGUGUUUAGUGACCCAUAUUGUUUUUAAAUCACACGAUAUAUAGAUUAGUUUUGUUUUAUCUGUUUAUAGAUAGAUUUGACAGUUCCAAAAUGUAUAGGUUUACAUUCUUCCUAAAUAUUACCAAAGCUCUAAAAGGACUGAUAGCCAGUGCUUAUUGAGUAAUAUUUCAAGCGAUACACCUGAAGAAUCAACAUUUUAUUGUGCAUAGACCAGUCGUGAUUUGAACAAUGUUGGUAGAGGUCCACUAGACAAUGCUUAGCAACAUGCCAAAUAUCUAAGCUCUGUACAUUGUGGUUCAAAACAAGAAGAUUUGUAAAGGUGUUCCCUAUACAACUCCAUGUAAAACUAAGUUUGCCCCAGGGUGGAGCCAAUUUCAACCCUAACCCUAGAGCGGAGUGAUUCCGAAUAUUUCGAAUGUGAAUAUAAAGUUCAUAAUUAUUCUAGAAUCCGUUGCUGCUUGUUUUUGUUGUUUAAAACAGUAGUUCUCGGUUGCUCACACACUCACACAAUACCAAGAUUAUACAAAAUAAAUAUUGGACUAUUUUUUUACACGUCCAGAAUUUGUGUGAUGCGGUUUUACAGAAAUCGAAAGAACGAGGUUGAAACUUGGUAGCUGAUUUAGAGCUAUAGCCAGUUGCUAAAGCACUGGCUAAUAAAAAAGCUACAAAGCUUUGAAGAUUUUAGCUAAUAAGAUAUCUAAAGCAUUAUAUGCACCUUAAGAAAUGUUACAGAAAUGGGGAAACAAAUGAAAAGUGAAUAUGUAAUUUAUAGCAUUCCUUAGAAUUUUGUAAUUGUGUGAUUUAAUCAUAUUUUAUUGUGUUUUGUUUUAUGUAAGGCAUAUAUAAUCAUAAUUAUGCUGACAAUUUUAUGUAACAUGAGCUAAAAGGUUCAAAACCUAAGGUAUUUUCGUAAGUGAUAAGGACGGAUUUUUGCGGGAAAGUUGUAUAUAGCUUUUAGUUUCCAGGCUCUCAGCCAGUCAUCCAUUUCCUUUAUAGUUUGGAAUCUUUAUAAUACUUUGUUAUUUGCUAAUUCAUAGUUACUAUAACACACGAGAAAAUGGAAGAAAUUGUCAGUUUUACCUAUCUAUUCAAUAUAUUUGUCAAUUUAAACCAACCAUAAGGACACUUGCUUUACUUGUAUACCAACAUGCUUUAGAGGUCCCUUCUGACUAAAUUUCUGUUUUAUCCAAUGCUCUAGCUGACUUAUUAGAGAAACAUGAUGACUAAGGGCCAAUUUCUUUCACCCAACCUAGAAUACGCUUGUCACGUGAGCGGCAAGAAAAAAAUAUUGCCGGUUUAAGAAUAACUGAACGAUCCGACGUACGAUGGCAACGUGUGCUGCAAGUAAAAAAUAACAAACUCAGGAAAAAUAAAUGUUUUGAAUAAUUGUACAUUAUCCUUUAUUUAAAUUAAAAAGUGUAAACUAUAUAAGCCAUAUAAUGAGAGUAAUUAAUGAAAGUAUUUUGUGAGUUUAGUCCUACAUUUAACAUUUUCUUAAAGGUGUAUAUCUUUAUAACAAUAGUUUCAUAUGAUGUUCCAUCAGGCAAUCAUUGUUUUGCUCCUUUGCCCUUUAGAUUGCUAUGUGCGACAAUGUGAUAAUACAAUGCACAGAGGUGAAGAUAUUGUUGCGGUGAUGCAUAAUAUGACGUAAAAACAUGGUAUGAAGAUAUUGAUAUCCCACUUUUGCAUUUUGUGUUUGAAUUUUUCACAUUGUAUUGUUGCAAAAGCCCUCAACCAAGGGCACGAUUACAAUUAAACAAUUUUUUGAUGCAAAAAUGAGAUAUUAACAUUUCACUAUUGUACUCUCAUAUUAUAGCCCUUAGGUCUAAGGAACAGUAGAGCAAUGCAAUGAUGUAAAAGUUGUACUUUCAUAAUUUUGACCUUAAACAGAAGACACAAUGUCAAUAUGAUGGUAAUAAUACUGAUAAUAAGUCAUAGAACAGUCAAAAAUAAUUUACUAAAUAUAAUUGCAAAUAAGGGAGAAAUUAAACAAAUGUAAGUAUUUUAAUAUACAUGUAGUGUAUAUUCUUGGCAACAUGCUUCAACCUCUGUUGAACGGACAGGCUUGCUUGACAAGUUUUAUUGUAGAUGUUGGCAGUCUGAUUUUUUAAUUAUUCACUUGUUCAUUACUUAUAACUGAUAUGAGAAAUAUAGUUUUGUUAAUAUAGAUUUUGAUAUAAAAGCUUUAUUUAUUGUAGUAUUGUUGAGUUAAUAUAUAGACUGUAAAUAGAUGCAAAUCGAAGCAAAUAAAUUAUUUUAGACUGCAA